GCCCCUCGGUCGCGAUCCCUGGGCAAAACCCUCCGCUUCGUCGCCGCCACCAUGACCAAAUUCAGGAAGCUCGGCCGCCACGCCGCCCAUCGCGUCUCCAUGCUCAGGACGAUGGUCUCGCAGUUGGUCAAGUACGAGCGCAUCGAGACCACGGUCGCUAAGGCGAAGGAAGUUCGACGGCUUGCUGAUAACAUGGUGCAGCUGGGGAAAGAGGGUACACUUCAUGCUGCACGUCGUGCUGCGGCUUUUGUUCGUGGAGAUGAUGUUCUUCAUAAAUUGUUCACGGAGUUUGCUUAUCGCUAUAAGGAUAGAGUAGGUGGAUAUACAAGAUUGCUUCGAACACGCAUACGAAAGGGGGAUGCUGCACCAAUGGCAUAUAUCGAGUUCGUUGAUAGGGAGAAUGAGCUCCGAGAGGCAAAACCUCCGAAGCCACAACCACCUGAGAGAGCCCCUCUUGAUCCAUGGGCAAAGUCUCGAGCAAGCCAACAGUGGGCAUCUCCUAAAGAGAAAGCAAACUCUGGAUCAGAAAACUGAUCAUUCUGUUUCAAUGUGUUUGCAGCUCAACAUUUUGGAUGCCAUUCUUGUAUUUAUUGCAGAAUUUUUGCAACUCGCCGAUAUGGUGACACAAAAUUGGCCCGGCAGAUAUCAAAGAUUGCCAUCCUCAACACUGGAGUAUGCUGAAAACAUGAAUGUGUAGGAUCAAUAAUUUCUUGAAUCUAUAGCCAGAAGGUACGAGUCAAUGGUUAAAGAUGGUGUUUUUAGUUUGUUUA